GGAGUUGUUGGGAAGUUUACCUUGAGGAGGAACUCUUUGCCAGCGGUGCGGAUCUCGAACUGACCCUCGUCUCCCUCCACUUCGUAGGUAAAAGAAGCGUCGGCGAUUUCGAUGUGGCCAAGAGGAAGAGCGUCCUGAUCUCUCCUGUUUAGCGGUGUUGUCCGAUGGGAACCAGUGAUUACCAAUUACAGUAUUACAGUGAUUACCAAUUGUGACUCAUCAAAGAAAUAAAAAUGUAAAAGCCAACGUAAAGGAGUACCAUAGACCCAGUUUGAGGGUGGGGUAAAAUCUGCUGUAAUUCCAGUCUACGGUCUGAAUUGCUUGUAUGUGGGCCUGACAUGUGUCUUGGUUGAAACCUGUGACACAGCUCUGAAGAGUCUGUGUGUCCCACUCACAGAGAGGAAAAGGAAAUGACGGGUAUCAUCCACUGCUUGCAGCAGCUGUUAGUGAACACACGGAGACCGCAAUUCUUUCCUCUGCCUGCUCAGUUCCAUUUCUCUUCAGGAAACUUGAAUCCCCAUGGAAGGUCUCUAAUGUAAAUGUCAACACUGUGUAUCAAUAGUGUAACUGUCUGUACACCUUCAGAACGCCUUUUCUUUCCUGUGAAGCAGCUGAGGAGAACAUCUGCCUUGCGCAACAUGAGACUCAAAUCACACCACAUGCAGCAACACUCCCCAACAGCUAUGUGGUGCAUUCGACACUGCCUUGGACAGAAUUGUUGCAAAACUCAGCCUAAACACAUCACUGGUGAGCGCUCAAUGGAGCAGAAGAGGCAGAAGCCACACAGGCUCCAGACCUGCCUGUUGUUUUGCAUGAAGGGUCGAGUGAAGAUGGAGCAUAUGCAGCCGGAGAGCACCAAGAGCAAACUGAGGGAGCUGGCACUCAAAUGGUUCACCGAGACCCAGGCUCCUCUCAUCCUCGACAAAGGCAACUUUCCUGCCUGGUUCCAGGGCUUCAUCAGCAGAAAGGAUGCAGAAGAUCAUCUAAGAGAUAAAGAACUGGGCUGUUUCCUUAUUCGCCUCAGUGAUAAAGCCAUUGGAUACAUCCUGUCAUAUCGAGGACGUGACCGGUGCCGGCACUUUGUCAUCAACCAGAAUAAAGAGGGGCAGUUUAUCGUGACAGGAGACACUGAAAUGCACGAUACACUCACGAGCCUGAUUGAGUAUUACAAGACCAGUCCUAUUGAGCCAUUUGGAGAAUAUUUAACAGUGUCUUGUUUUGAGUUGCCUGCAAAUGAUCUCUACGAUGUGGUGCAGUUUGAGCCGAAGGUGAAGCCAGGGGUGAGUGUGGAAGCAGUAAGGAAGAUUUGGAACCAGCGAGUCGAACAGGCAGCUCAGUCUCAGCAUGCUCCAGUCUUGCCACCUAAGAACACCAGAAACACCCAAGCCAUCCCUCCAGUUCCAAAAAGAAGUUCCCCAGUGAAGACAAACUCGCUGGAGGAAAAAAGCAGUUUAGACAAUAAGGUACUACUAUAUGCCCAGCUGGAUCAGGCCAGGCCCCUGGAAAGCAGAAAUAGUGAUGCUAGAGCUGCGUGGGCGAGACAAAGGGGAGCCAUGCCAGUUUCUAGUCCACCAAAAGUCACAGCCCAGGACAUGCCUGAACCAGGAAAGGGCACCAUCUAUUCAGAACUCAGCCUUUUGGACUGCAGGAGUAAAUCACUCCCCCUACUGGACGAUAACACAAGGGAAGAACAUUCAUACAACAUAAACACCUUUACUGUAAACCCACCUCAGCUGUCCCCUAAACUCCAGAGAGACUACGCUAAGAAAACCAGCAGCCAUGAGGUACCAAGCCACAGCCACAGUCUAGAUAAGCUAAGUGAUCAUUCCUUCUAUCAGCUGGCUGGCAAGUCUGCCAGUCAAAAUGACAGGAAGCAGCAAGAAAAGAGUGAUGCUACAUAUGCUGAAGUGCCUUGUGAACCCAGGCCAAACCAUUUGCUCGUAGAGAACACUUAUGAGCAAAUUCCUGAAUCAAGGUCCACUACAAACCCAAAAGAGAACUCUGUUCAGGGAAACACCUAUGAGACACUAGAAGACUUCAAACCAAAGCCAAGCGAGUCAGCAUGGGGAUUUAAGGGUGACAAAUGGAAAAGGCUGCUACCUGAAAACUGGAAGAAAUGACAGCAUCUUCAUCCACUAAAUCAACUUUCACAUAUAAGCACACAAAUCAUGAGAGUUACACUAAAAACAAAAGCAGUCUGUUUAUUUACCUUAUUUAUGUCAAGGCUAUUCUAAAUACAUUCAAAUGGUUAAAAUGCUGAUAUGAGGUUCUGUUCUUGUGUCCUUAACAGAUAUUUUUAUGUUUUUAAUUGUGUAGAAAUAUUUAAAUUUGUAUGUUUUUCAUUUGUAUUUAUUAACUUAAUAAAAAUCUAGUUAUCCAGAAAA